AUGCGGGACGAGUGUAUACGCACACGAGCCGAAGCUUCCGAGCAGCAGCAUAUCAUGGCCGUUAAUGUACGGAGUCUUGAGCAAACCACUUGCAAUUUCCCCUCUAACUCAUUCGAGGUUCGAACCUUGACAGAUGUCAACAUCAAAGCACUUAAAACCAAUAAGCACGACGGAGGUGGAAAUUAG